CAAAAACCAGACAAAGUUUUGGGAACGGGCAUGGCGUGCCAAAAGAGAUAGCUGAGGGACUUCCGGCAAGUGGCCUGCGAUGCCACGCAUAGCACGAGGAUCCGGCGUCUGUGUGGAACUGUGAUCAAUGGGGACGACGUGACCUUGGCAACACUUGGCGCCAUUAAACAUUCAGGGCCACUCUGGUUUUGUGAGGAGUCCCAGCUCAGCCUUCUGGUUUCACAUUUGUUCCAUCAAUGCAGAUGUUCCCUGCUGAAAGUGUUAUUUUAACUGAAGGAGGCCAGAAGACCACACAGAACAUAAGGGGGUCCCAUGAGAAGACAACCGCCAAGAUCAUGUAUGGCGGGGAGAUUUUAAAAGCGGAGAUUGUCUAUAUCAAAGAGUCGGUGGAGGGAGAAGCAAGAAUCGAAGGCAAGACAAACAUUGAGCUGCAGCCUGCUUUGGACCCUGCGAGCCUCUCCCAAACCUCCGCGUCACUCAGUGGCCAGUCUGAAAAUACACCCAAACACGGCGGCUCUACCUCCAUGGAAACAACUGCUAGUAAACCCAGGGGCCUUUCCUGGCAGUGGGGUCACGAUUCCUCUGGACGUGUUGAGGUUAGCUCGGGUUUCUCUAGCGAUAAGCCGUCUGGGUUGGCUCACAGAACGACAAGCCCCGCAUUCUCGGCGCACGUGUUCCCCACGCCGGCUUCAUCCAGAGAGUCCGUCCUCUCAGACAGCUGGGAUAAAGACAGGAACUGGCUUUUCUCUCUCGGCUCUCCUGCCUCUUUCAGUCGCACUGUUUCCCCCUGUUCCUCAGUCCGGUCUGGCAUGUUCUCCCCCUCUGUGGUUCAAAUGCGAAAGCACAACCUUGCCCCAGGCUCCAGUCUGGUUCACAUCCCUCAGUCCUGUUUCUCCUCCUGCGACAGCCUGGUUUCUUCUGUCCGUCCACAGUCUCCUCCUCCCCGGCACCGGCCUCCUCUUACCAGACUCUCCCUUCUGACAGCCAUCCUGAGGAAAGGCCGUUUGCCCGUUCUGUCUGCUUCCCUGCAUAGGCCUUACACCCCCUGCUGGCCUGUUAACCCUGUGACCCUCACUUUCUGCAAGGCAUGCUCAGCAGCUUCCAGUGUUGCCUCCAUUCCCCUGGAGUUUUCAACUCGCUUCUCUUCAUCCUCAUCCAUCGAUAGUCAGACUUGUGCUAACAGGGAGCCUAGUAGGCCUCUUAUCGCCCCCCCGCCUGAGCUGCCUAAUGAGCACAGCAGGCCUCACACGCCACUUAAAAGAUGCUUUGAGCGUAGAAGCGUGCCAAGAUGGGAGCAGGUUAUUUCACCGCCGCCAAUGAAAAGCACUACUCUGCAAAUAGAACCACCACAACGUUCAUGCUCAUUGCAGCACUCUGUGGCAAAGCCUCCCGAAUUGAAGGCCAGCAUUGCCCACACGUAUCUCAGGAGCAUAAAAGACCCGAACCUCGAAAAAUCAAUCCCUCCUCCAACACCUUUUCAUCACCCAGCAAACAUCCGGAGCAGACCGCCAAAUUCCUCUCUGUCAAAGCUUCGCUGGCUUUCUGAGCGACUGCGAUCCCCUCCUCCAUGCCCCUCCCUGUCCGCUACGUCACAUCGUUCCCAUUCAGCCGGCUACGCCGCAUCACCUCUGCCUCCUCUCUCUCCCACCUCACCACAAGGUUUCCCUAAAGUGCACAAUCUGACGUCUUCCCGUUACACACCCGUCGCUUUUUCCGAAUGGCCCUCGCCCAUCAGCUCUCCCACGCCGACGCCCUCUCCCGCCACACUAGUUCGAGAGCGCACGCCAUCUCCUUCCUUCUCCCUGCGCUCUACGCCUUCCCCGAGGCCGGGGAGUAGAAUAUCGGACUGCGGUGACAGGGAGGGUAAAAAAAGAAAGCCUCACAAGAUUACGUCCAACUACAAAUCGCUUGCUGCAAUUCCCACAAACACCCUACUUUUGGAUCAACAGGUGAUAGACGAACAGGUGGAAAGAGGGGAGACUUUGAAAGGAGUCGUGACGAGUGAGUGGGGUGACAAAGACACCCACGCUGAGAUGUGCUCGCCUGCUGAACUCCGGCAGCAGUCUGAGGAGCUGUAUGCAGCCAUUGACGAGAUAUUGGCUCAUCCCAUUCCACCAAGCAAAACAUCUUCCAAGAUAUCAACUUCUAACAUCUCAUCCAAAUCCUUGGGACGUGAAACCAAAUAUGCAUCUUUAGGCAGAUUGCAUCAAUCUGAGGCUACCACAAGAAAGCUGAUGGAGUCUAAAAAGACGAUGCCUGGGAUUAUUCGCCCGAUGACGGCCAUUCCAAGACUGUCAGUGAGAGAUGGAGAACAUUAUCGACACAAUCCCUUCGGAGAAACAGCGGCCACUCAGGGUAUUCCGGGCUUCAGCAAGUCAUACGAGGUGGGAAGUGUGAGCCCUGAAGAUACGGGAAGAAGAAGUAGACAAAGUCUAAUGGGGCAAGAAGAGAGGAAAUCUGAGAGACGAAGACCAUUCUCUUUGGGUGAAUUACACAUCAGGGAGCCAGAUCAGUCCCUUUGAGGAAGAUGUCCCCAUUUCUCUCUUGCCAACACAAACAUCAAUCAACUCUUCACGCCCCACAUAAUUUUAAGAUAUUCAUUUGCCGACAUCAAUUAAGAAAUAGGGGAAGAAAAUAACUGAGAGGUAUAAUGUCCUCAUUAGUGCUUUGUCAGAUCCGUUUUCUAUACUGCUUGGGGUAACGGGUGAGCUGGAGCCGGUCGACACCCUGGGCAUCAUUUCAUAUUGCACAUAUAGACAAACAGCCGUUCAUAUUCAGCAUUUAGAGUCUCCAGCUACGCUAACAUGAAGGUUUUUGGAAUGUGGGAGGAAGCCGAUUCCCAUCCAAGUCGCUCAAUCAGCACUUUCAAGUCCGAGUCCAUGGUUCUCCCCCGGAAAAGAGUGGAUGGCCAGCUCCGGGUUGGGGAGGAGAUCUUGCCCCAAGUGGAAGAGUUCAAGUACCUGGGAGUCUUGUUCACGAGUGAGAGAAGAGUGGAUCGUGAGGUCGACAGGCGGAUCGUGCGGCGUCUUCAGUAUUGCGGACGCUGUAUCGGUCCGUUGUGGUGAAGAAGGAGCUGAGCCGGAAGGAAAAGCUCUCAAUUUACCGGUCAAUCUACGUUCCCAUCCUCACCUAUGGUCAUGAGCUUUGGGUUAUGACCGAAAGGACAGGAGCACAGGUACAAGCGGCCGAAAUGAGUUUCCUCCACCGGGUGGCGGGGCUCUCCCUUAGAGAUAGGGUGAGAAGCUCUGCCAUCCGGGAGGAGCUCAAAGGAAAGCCGCUGCUCCUCCACAUUGAGAGGAGCCAGAUGAGUUGGUUCGGGCAUCUGCUCAGGAUGCCACCCGAACGUUUCCUGAGGGAGGUGUUUAGGGCACGUUCAACUGGUCGGAGGCCACGGGGAAGACCCAGGACACAUUGGGAAGACUAUGUCUCCCGGCUGGCCUGGGAACGCCUCAGGAUCCCCCGGGAGGAGCUGGACGAUUGGCUGGGGAGAGGGAAGUCCGGGCUUCUCUGCUUAGGCUGCUUCCUCCGCGACCCGACCUCGGAUAAGUGGAAGAAGAUGGAUGGAUGGAUGGGAGAAAACUGUACUACCUGGAGAAACAAGAAAAUGCCUAAGCAAAUUCAAACUGUUAAUCCAAUAUGCCAACCACUCGUCCCCACCGUACGUCCCUCUAUGCGACACAAGCAUUCGUAAAUUAAUUUUUUUUAAAAAGAUGUUAGAUAAAAGCUCCCUUUGUCAAGAUUUUGCCUUGGCGGCUUGGCGUGGGUUGAGUAACGAGCUGCCGAUUGACAAAACAAUUAGUUUUCAGUUUGCUAUUUUCCAACAAAAGCCUUAAAAUCGCUCUUUCGCUUAGUUUAGUUUAGUUUAUUAAGGAUCCCCAUUAGUCUACACCGCAGUGGAGACUAUUCUUCCUGGGGUCCAGGCAAAAAACAUCACACAAUCACAAAACAAAAGAUUAAAAUGCAACAGGAGUGCAAGAUUACAUUUGAGGCUUGUUGCAGCUCUCUAUGAACCAUUUUUGGUAUGUGCUGAGAAACUUGCAUGUCACCAAAAAGCUGGUAUUCUUUCCUUGUUGCCAUGGUGACGGAAGGAGUGACUGUCCUUCAGCCAUGAAAAGAAAGUUUUCUUUGGUGACGAGACUUGAAAACAAAUGCUCGGCUGCUUAAACGGACCCAUAGCGUCCAGAUGACAAUUUUUUUGCCGUUGAAAAUUAAUUUGGCGUUAAUUUCCCAUAAUAUUGAUUAGUUUUUAGUAACGGGUAGAUAAAUAACUGUACAUGUAACGGCCCCUUUCUAUCGCCCAACUCGAUAUGCCCCCUUUAAGUGUGACGCAGUCCACCGAACUGGAGCCCAUUUUCCCGCAUAGACAAUGUGGAUAAAGGCAUGUAAAACUUUUAUUUUCAUCCCUUGUAUGUUUUUGUCACCCUGGUCCACGAUUACUUCAAAACUGAUAUGGUUUUGUGACGUGUGGCUACACAAACAAUAAGUCAACAUAACUAAAAGAAGAAUGUAUUGUUUAGAGCAAAGUCAGCUUUGGUUAAAAUUACCACGCAGAUCCUGACUUCCUAGGCCCAAAAAAUCAUGUUGUAAGUUUAAAGUCCAAAAGGCAGUGUUCUGGCCAAAAUCUAGCCUUGAUGCUGGAUUUUAAAUGGCUUAAAUGUGCUUUUAUUAAACCUGGCUAAAGUGUGUCUGUAGUAUUAACCUCAAAGAGCUGUGCUUUUUCACACCGGUCCACAAUAGUUCGUGUUAUUGUGUACUUAAUCACACACACACACACAUAUUCUUGUAUUCCGUACCUUCUCGAGACCUCUGAAAAAUGCCUACCUCUUUAGGACCACCCUUUCUAGAUAUAUAAUGAUGUUUAUUUACAACAUUAACAAUACAUAUUAAAGUAUUUCUGAUUCUGAUUCUGAUAUACAUACUAUGCAAAUAUAAAAAAGCUUGUUGUGAAAGAUGAGUUGGAAUUUCACCAGAAAAAGUUCACAAUUUCACAAGAAAAACUUAGAAUGUUGGCAGUAUUAUAACAAAAGUCGUAAUUUUACUCAACACAAGUCAAAGUGUUACAAGAAAAACUGAACAUUUGUGCAAUAUUAUGAUAAAAGUCGGAAUUUUACUCAACAGUCACAAUUUUACAAGAAAAGCUCAACAUUUUGGCAAUUUUAUGAAAAGAGUCGUAAUUUUACUGGACAAAAGUCACAAUUUUAUAAGAAAACUUUAAAAUGUUGGCAAUAUUAUAAUAAUAAUCAGAAUUUUUACUUGGCAAAACUAUGACAAAAGUCAUUGUUUUACUCAAAAAAUGUCACUGUUUUACAAGAACAACAAAAAAAUUGUCAGUAUUGUGAUAGAAGUCAGAAUUUUAUAUGACAAAUGUCACCAUUUUGCAUUAAAAGGUAAUAAUUUUACAAAAAAAGGUAAUAAUUUUACGAGAAAAUAUUGCAAUAUUACAGAAACAGAAAGAAUAUGAGAAAUUGUUCCCAAUUUUAUAAGAAAAAAGUCUACACAUUGUGAGAAAAAGACUGCUUUUAGUUAAUUUUUUAAUUUUUUGUUUGUAAUUGUUUUUUUGUCUUCAUUAUUUACUUCAAGUUAUUACAGUAUGUCUCCAUACACAUAUUUUUUAAAUGUUUUAAUUAUUUUUUUGCCAAAAGGGGCGCAUUUCAAUUUUUUACACACACCUUAUUACAAAUGUUGGCCAGAGGGGGAGCACUUUUAAAAACCGACACACAGUCAAUUAGAAAAAUCCCUCCUGUUUGGGACCACCCUAAUUUUGGUAGAUUUCACCACCAGGGAUGCAAAUUAGACAUUGUCUAUUAGAUGCAAUGGUUUUCCGUAUUGGGACCAUGAUUUAUGUCCUAACUUGUUCACCGGUCCUCAUAUGGAAGGUACUUUUCCUUGUUGAUGUCUCAAGAAGGGUAUGAAUACAAGAACACACACACACACACACACACACACACACACACACACACACACACACACACACACACACACACACACACACACACACACACACACACACACACACACUGUAACUCUUGUCUCAAAACUAAGUAAACAUGAUUUUUCUCGGGUUUGGUGCUCAUAAACAGGUUCCAGUAGGUGACACAUAUUACCUAUUAUAACAUCCAGACAGAGGCAGAGUCAUACAUGUGUCAUUCUAUUUUAGUUGUAUUUAGUCUUAUUAUACAGUAGUAAAUAGAUUUUGACUAAAUGCUAAAACUCAUUGGUUGUAUGACCGCGGGAGUUACAUUGUUAAUUAGAUUGUAACAAGUUACCCACCAUGUAAUAAAAUGAGAUACAACUAAAACAAAGUAGAACGAUGCAUUCGAGACACAUAUGGAGAGGAGAGGGAGCAAUGUCAGAGAAGGUUCCAUAUCUUGUUCUAUGGUUAUCAUCACACUGCUUCCUCUGUGCCAUCACUGGUAAUGCUUUGUCUGUGGUAGUAUCGCAAAAAAGCCAAAAAAAUCCAACACUUUUCUGAGUUAAUUUAUUUUUCGCUGGCGAGUUAAAGCUUCAUGCUAUUUGAUGAUACGACGCUUGAAGAUGGUUUGAACAAAAUACGUUUUAUCCGACUUUUAGGCAUAUGUUUUUUUCCACAACAUAUUGAUUCAAGUACAAAUAGUUGCACUGUACUGCAAUGUUUCCUGCACUCUCACUCCUGAGAGGGAGUCUAUUUUUCUUGCAUUUUGUCAUGCGAAUAAAGAUCUUUGCUGGA